GUUACGCAGAUUGUUUGCAUCGUCGUGCCGUGUCGCUCGCAUAUGCUCGCACGUUCGCUCCACCGUCGUACGCCGUCGAACGAUGUCAGUUGUUGGUUAGCCAGUGCCUGCCGUUUGUUACGAUUCCACACUAUACGGGUAGUUAGUGCGCUCGCCCACUGGCCCGCCGCCGUCAACUUGUGUUUAGCCAAAUCGCGUUCGCACGGCAGCUUAACGAAAUCUUCAAUAUUAAUUUGUGUGCUGCCAAAAAGUGUUAACUGUAAAAAUUUGGAAACGAAAUUCAUUUUCGGUGUGAUUUUUAGGCGUAACAACGUUAAUUUUGGCAAAAAGUAAAAACUCGACUCUGUAUCGAAGAAGAAACAGCAAAUCGUGCGUGUGCCAGUAAACUAAGAAAUUGCGUCGGCAAAAGUGCGUAGAAAAAAUUUCCAAGUUGUGCAAAGAAAAAAAAUAGCGCCGGUAGCUUUAACUGUUUUCAUGGAUUUAUGUACAAAUGUGUUUAUAUAUCGUUUGGAUUAAUUGGAAAGUGAACAGAAAAAAAGUAUAAAUUUAAAUAAACCCGAAAAAAUUAUUACUCUCGCAAAAUUAGUGUAAAGCAGAGCCGGUGAUUACCCGCUUUGUUGUGCUAAUCGUGUAAGCUGUGGCAUUAAUUGCAGUUCUAAUAAGAAACAAAAAGUAAUAAGCGUGUGAAACUAAUGCAGGCAAAAAAUUAAUCAUUCAAUAAUUGCUGCGGUUUAGCGUGUGCGCCUGCAUAGUUUAUAUAAAUAGUAUUAAAUUUUAAUUAUUUUCGCCAAAUCAUAACAUUAAAUGACAGUGCACAGUAAUGACAGUGGUGUGUGUUUAGUAAUGAACGCCGUUUCAACUCGACCGACUGCAUCGCCCACAGCCGCCACCGCACAACCCGUCGCGCCGAUCCAACAACACCCCACCAACCUUAGCACCAACGCAACGCACACCGUAGCCGCUGCCAACGCGCCGCAACCCACACUCACCGCUUCGGUUGCGUCCGCUGUUGCCGCUGCUGCCGCCGCCGCCGCUGCUGCUGCAGCAGCUGCAGCUGGCGCUGUGCCACCACCACCAAAUACCAGCAUUAGUAAUAAUAACAACAACAACAGUCAUAUUAACAGCAACGUCGUGCCUUUCACCAAGGGCAUCACGUCCACAGUAGCAACGCCGCUAACUAUCACAUCCGCCGCCGCCGCUGCUGCAGCUGCUGCUGCUGCCGCCGCACAUCAUCAUCAUAACAACAGCGCCAACGGUAAUCCGAUGGCCGUAACAUCGACAGUACCGCCGGGCGCGCGCUCCAUAUCGCCAUGUUCAACAGCUGCCACACCCUAUGGCAGCAGUAGUAUACCCGGUGGCGCUAGUCUUAGCGCAAGUGGACCAGGUAGUGGUGUAACGGUUUCGGUUAUAGGUCCACCGGGUAGUGGGCCGCCUGGCCUGCCGCCCGGUCUGGUUGGUGGUCCGCCGGGUGCGCCAGGUGCAGGUGGUGUACCACCGCCGCCGGGUACGCCGGGCUCAAAUCGUUGCUGUGAUACUGGACGCACAAUCUACACGGAUCCCGUUAGUGGUCAAACGCUGUGCUCAUGUCAAUAUGAUAUGCUCAGCUACCAGCGUUUGGCGGCCGCCGGCGGACUUGUCACGGGGCCGGGUGGUGUGCCGAUCGGCGUGUAUCCGGAGGGCAUGUCUGCGUAUCUAUCGGGCAUAGCAACUGAGCAGCCGCCCUUCUAUGCGAAUCCGGCUGGUUUGGAUUUGAAAGAGAAUUUGGUAGCUAGCGGUGCGCCAUGGCCCUAUCCAUCGGUGUACCAUCCCUACGAUGCAGCGUUCGGCUAUCCAUUUAAUAGCUAUGGUGUGGACUUGAAUGGAGCACGUCGCAAGAAUGCCACCCGCGAGACCACCUCAACAUUGAAAGCCUGGUUGAACGAACACAAAAAGAACCCUUACCCCACGAAGGGGGAGAAAAUCAUGUUGGCAAUUAUAACGAAAAUGACGUUGACGCAGGUGUCGACGUGGUUCGCGAAUGCGAGAAGAAGACUGAAAAAAGAGAAUAAAAUGACGUGGGAGCCGAGAAAUCGCGUUGAUGACGAUGAUGCAAAUAUCGAUGAUGACGAUCACAAGAGCACGGAUGAUAAUGAUUUGCUAGAUGCCAAAGACUCUGGUCUGGGCUCGAACGAUGACAAAGAUCGCUCGAAUCGCUUAGGCGACUUGAGUGAUCGUCCCGGUGAGAGCAACAAUAGCGAAUGGUCGGGUUCGCGUCCCGGCUCACCAAAUGGCUCACCUGACCUUUAUGAUCGCCCCAUGGGCAUGCCCGGCGGUGGUCAUCCACUGUUUCAUCCCGCCGCGUUACAUCAUCACUUCCGCCCACCAGCCGGUUCGCCACCCGACAUCGCCGCCUACCAUCACCAUCAACAACAAUUGUUGCAGCAACAUCAGCAGGCGCAACAGAACUCUUUGCAGGCGGCGAGUGGUGCCGGCAAUGUUGGCGGCGGCAGUACAAGCGCCAGUUUAGCAGCAAAACCACGCAUUUGGUCGCUGGCGGAUAUGGCUUCCAAGGAUGGCAAAGACUCAGCGGCGAAAGAUAGUCCACCGGGCGGCAUCGGUUUGCCCGGCAGCAGUCUCGGCGAAUUACCACCCACACACCCCGCACUCUACGGUCAUCCCGCGCAACAUGCCUCACCCGGCAAAAUAUUGUCACCCUUGGCGGCGCGUAUACCAAAUUAUUCACCCUAUGUGCGACCCGAUCUGUACCGUGGUUUCUACGGUCCUGCCGGUCUCACCGGACCCUCUCAGGAAUUUCUCGAGCAUCAGCGUAAUUUCAAUGCCAGCUUAGCGGCACACAAUGGGCUCAGCAUGAAUCCGCUGCUGUGGAAGGCAGCCGUCACCGGUGGCACGCCCUUCGCGCCACUCAGCCUCACCACCAGCGGCAGUCAUCACGCGCCACAACAUGUGCCACCACCAGCGGGCGCAUCACCAUCCGCCUCCAGCACAUCAUCAUCGAUUGGUUGCGAUGUUGUGCAGCCACCCACUUCGAUGAGUCUAUCACAAGCACAUCAUAUGGGUCCCAUAUCGGGCAAUUCCACAUCCUCAUCGAACUCCUCCAAUUCGGGUAAAUUAUCACCGGGCAAACCAUGACAGUUGAACGUGUCACCAAUGUCGCCGGCGGCAAAUGCUACAACAAACACAACAACAGCACCAGCAAUGUUGUCCGGAGUGAAUGCAACGCUGCCGCAGUCAACGACAGCUGCUACGUCGACUUCGAAUUUACUCGUCAGCGCUGCAACGCCUGCACUCACACACACACAUACUCAUACGCAUACGCACACCCUGACACAUGUGAUACCAGCAGCAGCAGCGGCCGCAGCAGCAGCUGCUUCGUCGCCAAUGUCCGCCUUUCGUUCGUUGAUCGCCUUUCGCGAACAGCAUAUGCAACAGCAAGCGCCAAAAGUGACGUUGCGGCCGUAAUUCGUGUAACAGCGUAUGAGCAUUGGCUGAGCGUGGUGAGUAGCAGCAUAUACAUAACUGUCUGUACAUGCACACACAAACACGCAUGCACGCAGUGUUUGUAGGUGGGCGCAUCGAAAUUGAGAAUUUGUACUAUCGGACAAUAAUUUACAUGUGAUUUGAUAAUUUUUAAUUGAGAGCAAGCGGUGAGUACAGCCCACUUGAAGACGUUUACACCAAAAAAGUAUUUGAUUAGCAGAGCAAAAAAAAAAAAACAAACUAAAUAUGCAAGUAUAUGAAAAUAUGUAUGUUAAGUUAACAGCAUUAGACAUUUUCGGCAUUUCAUUGGUCGAACGAACUCUGUUUUGUCUUCUUUUUCGCUGCUAUGUAAAUAACACUUGGUGGCAGAAAAUUAACAGCAAACAUAUACUAUAUACAUUUAAAGAAAAAGCAAACUAAAAUAGUACACCGGAGUAAUAAACAAAAUUCAAAGAAAUAAAACUUAUGCAACAGAGCUUAUAGAGAGUAACAGUUAGUAAAAGAAAUUGUAAAAAGCACGAUACACCGAACGAAAAAAUCAUGUAAAUCAGGCAGCACUUUAGUAACCGUGGGAAAAUGUGUUUAUACUUAAAUAAGCUAAACGCAUUUUUGCAGUGUAACGAAGAAAAAAACAAACAGAAAAAUUUAAGUAUUCGAGACAUAAACUACAAAUCAGUGAGCAAUUAUGCAAUAAAAAAUACGUUUUUAAUUUGAUUUUAUUAAUUUUUGAUUAAUUUUUGCAAGCUGACAGCACACAUAUCAAAGAGCAGUAAAGCAAUGUACAGCGCAGAAAGAAAAUAUAAAAAAACUUUAAAUAUUUUUAAGCAAAUAAUUUUUCAGUGUAUGCUUUAACAUACCUACACACACAUAUUUAGUCGUUUAGGUUGUUUUGUAUUGUUUUAAGCAUAAAACGUUUUUGUUCCUGUCGUUUGUAAAAUAAUUUAUUAAAUAAAAAAAUAAACAUAUAAACAUUAAAUAAAUUUAUAUGCAACUUUAAAGUUGAAAAAAAAAAAUCAGCACAAUUUUGAAAAAUAAAAUAAAAUUAUAGAUAUAAUGAAAGGUGGUCUGCAAACCUUCAAGUGUAGCGCACAUUUUUCAAAAGCAAGUGGAAAAUGAUAUUAACAUAAAUGUAUAUUUUUUGUAAAUUGUAAAUAAUCGCAUGUAUACAGAAUUUGUGUUUCGUUUAGCACUUACUUAAAUACAAUAAUGAUUACAUAAUUUAACAUACCGUGUAGCAGUACUAAAUAAGCAAUUAGUAAUUAGUUAACUAUGUAUGUAUAUGUGUUAAAAAAAACAGCAACAAAUAAAGAAAACAGCAAAGUAAAAAAACUGCAAAAAAAUAUGUGAAAAAGUGAAUAAUUAUAGUCAUAAUGCAAGUGGAUAAGUAAUGGAUUGUAAUUUAAUGUAAUUAAUAGACGUAUGUACACAACUACAUACAAACACACAUAUAUACAUAUACAAUUAUAUAUAUAUAAAAACGAAGCAGCGUGCAGUAUGUAUUAAAAAUAAUUACACUAAUGCAAUAAGUUAAAGAAAAUUAUAAAAUAGUAAUAAAUAAAUAUGUGAAAGCAAAUACCGUUGAGCAUUCAACGCAUUGUACCAUUGUAAUCGUAGUACUUAUAAUUUAAUUACAUCUUACAUUAGCAAUGCAAAGCUAAACGACGAAUGCGCAAAUGUGUGAAAAUAACAACAACAGCCCCAAAUGAGCGCAUUGAGUGCAACGGGUGAAAUAGCGGGCUUACGCGACAAAUUGUAUCAAAUUGUGAAAUCGCUUAAAUCGCAAACGGAAAAAAGAUGAAAAAACACAUAUAAUAUAUUUAUUGGCUGUAGGUUUGAUAAGCAGCAAUGCGCGCUAUUAUCAGUUGUAUGACAUGCGCUCAUUUGUUGAUUUGUGGAAAAUGGCAAAAGUUUUAGAAUGUUGUUUAAGCAGCGUUACGCAUAAAAAACACUCAUUAACACACAUAUAUGUAUAUGUAUUGUUAUAUUAAUACACAUACUUACAUGCACUUGGCCACAAAAUUCACAUUUGUACAACCAUACAUACAUUCGCACGCGCUCAUAGUGAGGCAUGUUUAUUAUGUAAUGACAGCGUAAUGGCAAUGGAAUGCAGUACUUAGUUGCAAUAUGAAAAUUUUAUCCCAAAAUAAAAAAGUAUAAAUGCAUAAAAAAAUAAAAAAAUAAAAUUAAAAAAUAAUAAAUAAAACAGAUAUGAAAAAUUUAAA